ACCCCACUCGACCAUCACGCCCUCACGCUCACUUUCCUUGGUUUGCACUCACGGAAUCGGGUUACUGCCUGCGCCUGCCGUCUGCCGCCAAUGCCAAGCGUAUUGCCGUGUCUGCAAACGGCCAACAGCCUCGCCAUAAACAAUACUUCUGUCCCCGCUCACCUUGAUUGCUUUGCUUCCUUCACGACAACCACCGAAAUUAUCGCUGCCGCUGCAUCAAUUUCAACGCGAUAACAUCUUCAAACUUUAGAGUUAAUCGACCCUCAAUUUCGAUACCCUGAUCAGCUCUAUCGCCGUCAUCAUGUUUGGCUCCAAGAUACUCGCGGUUGCUGCGCUUGCGCUGGGUGUCGUCGCUCACGAGACUACUUGUCCAGCACCCACAACCGUCACCAUCACCGUCACGCACUCUAUUACCCGGCCUGGACCGCCACCAACGCCUUCGGGCUCAUAUGCGCCUCAUCCUCCUCCUGCUGAAUCGGUUGUAGCGCCUAGCGUGAGCAGCGUUGUCAGUAUCACUAGCGCUGUAACGCCCCAUGAGCCUAUUCCUACUUCAGAGACUGCUGCACCCUCUGGCCCGGCUCCAAGUAUUGCUCCAUCAGCGCCACUUGAGAGUUCUCCCGCCGCCUCUGGUGCUACUACUGUACCUGUCAUCGUCGCGCCGUCCGCCGUUGUGCCGUCUGCCUCUUCAACCGUCGAAGCGCCACCAGCCUCGAGUCCUGCCCUCCCAGAGGUUACUACGAAUGCAGCUGCUAUUGCUGCGCCCUUGACUGGCCUGGGCUCGCUCUUCGCUAUUGGCGCUGCAGUCCUAGUUGCCGUCGUCUAAUAAAACUAUGUGCAUACUCGAAACCAAGUUCGAUUUCGGAUUGGGAGAGAAAAAUAAAAUAAACAAACGACUUUUAUGCCUUCAUGUUCACAUUGGAGGUCGGGGUGGCCUAUGAUAAUGAUGCGGGGGUUUUCUUCGGCGGGCUAGCUAUCCGUCGUGAACCGCGCUUUUUACGACUACCAAUGCCCCACAUUCACGACUUCAUACUUAAUGUAAUGGGUGGUUUCUAGGGGAGAAAUGGGGUAAUUAAUCAUUCGUCUGGUAGCUAAUUCUACUAUGGGAUAUAUGUAGCUUCCGACGAAACUAAUACAAAAACUUGAUCAUGUC